AGACGCGUCUUGUGAUUGGUUCCUAACGCAGGAAAGUCUUUUCUUUCCUAUUAUGUUCUUGAGAGAAAAUAAUAGGCUACAAUCAUACAAUAGUUAGUCCACAGCCUGGGGGAUACCAAAAAUUAACGCUAAACCUAAUCUACUUGAUGCCAAGAUCUGCUCCAAAACAGGUAAGACAUCUUCCAAAAUCACUUUAUUUGAUUUAUCCCUUAGGUUGGUUAUAUUCUCAUUCCUAAACUUACUUCCACAUUACUGAAUGAAUCUGUAUAGAAUUUGUAGUCUCGUGGCAAUAUAGUAUGUAACAUGUUGGUGGUCUGUAGACUGUCGCCAAAUCCUAACAUAAACGUUCAUGAGUUAAUAUAAUUGGAGUGAUUCAUAGUUUUCAAACGUAUGGGCAUCAAUUUAGAUUCUUGAAAAAAUAUGAUCCUCUUUUGGUAAGAAAUUAAACAUGAACCACCUAUGGGAUUUCAUUAGUGAGUGGUCCUAUGCGAUUUCAACACCUUGAAUUAGCCUACACGACAAAGAAAAUAACACUAGAAUUAGCCUAUGUACACAAAUAGAUAUAAUCUUUUUAUAUACAUAAUCAGUUUUUUCACACAAUAAUCUAGCUAAAUCAGAAAGGAUUAGUGGAGGACUAAUCCGGAUAAGAAUGUAGUGGGGUCGAAAAGAUAAAAAAGGAAAGAAAAAGGGGUGGAAAAUAUAGUAAAAUCUAAAAAAGUGACCGAAGAAGGAAAGCUAAAUUAGUUAGAGCAUCACAUCCCCUCCGACUCUGGUCCCCAAUGAGAAGAAGCUCUCACGGAAACGAGAGAUGUGGUGGUGGGGUCCAAUGGCAAAAAUAACACACACAUCUCAUAACACCGUUACUUAACGGAACGCAAAUGGUAUUGAGGUUGAAGUUCGAGAAGAAGACAAAAAAGAAAAGACGUUACCUAAGGUCGAAGUAAAAGAUAGAGAGUUAAUGGGGGUUAGUGAAAGGAAACGACAACGUGGGAUACUAACGUCUGUGUCAGGGUGAAGAGAGAGAGAGAGAGGAGAGUUAAUGAAGAGUUUUGUCUGUAUUCUGAAACAAGUUCGAAUGUUAGAGACAAAGGAAACAAAAUAAGAAAAAGAAAAUGCUUUAUGGCUCAUAAGGCUCGCAAAUAGCCGCACCGCUCCUCACAUGUUGUUAAUAACAUAAGUCUCCAAUUUAUUUUCUUCCCCAUCCUCUCAUCUUAUAAGUGUGAGGGAGAGAGAGAGAGAGAGAGAGAGAGAGAGCCUUUUGUGUUCUUGUUUAGGUUUUCAUUUUUAUGUUGUGGACUUUAGGCUAAGACUCUGCUUUUUUUUUUACCAUCUUGGAAUUUUUGGGUGUUGUUGCUGUCUUAAAGAUAAAGCUAUUGAGGUCCCAUUAGAGAGGCAAGAGUGGGAAUAGGAGUUUCUGUUUCUGUUUUAUGUGUGUUUAAGGUUUAUAGAGUUGAGAGUUUUGAGUGGAUAUAACAGAGAGAGAGAGAGAGAGAGAGAGAGAGAGAGAGAGAGAUUUUGUAUGAUGGGGACAAGAGCAGAACAUAAUAAGGAAGAUUUUGUUGGUUGUGGGUUUGGAUUUGGAGUUGUAGAACCUUCCCACAGAGAAGUUAUGAUAACAUCCCAUCAUCAUCAUUAUCCAUCAUAUAUAUCGCCUUCCUCUUACUCUGGUUCCGCUGGUGUUACCGACCCUGUCUUCUCUGCUUCCCUCGCAGCUGCAGACCCUUUUUACACCUUGAGCUCCUCAGGGGAGAUGGGAAGAAGUAUGAGUGAGAAGGAAGGUGCAGCAGCUUUCAGUGAAUCUCAAUGGCAGGAGCUUGAGAGGCAGAGGAAUAUAUAUGAGUACAUUAUGGCUUCUCUUCCUGUUCCUCCUGAGCUUCUCACUCCCUUUCCCAAGCACCCUUCCCACACUUACCAUCAAGAUGUGGCAAUGGCCAAAGGAGGUUCUUUGAAGCUGGGGAUUACUUCAAAUGCAAGCAACAACGCGGCUGAUAUGGAGCCGUGGAGGUGCAAGAGAACAGAUGGGAAGAAAUGGAGAUGCUCUAGAAGCGCGGUCCCUGAUCAGAAAUACUGUGAGAGACACACGCACAAGAGCCGUCCUCGUUCAAGAAAGCAUGUGGAAUCAUCUCAACACCAUGACACUCGCACCACUAAGAACGCUAGUAGCCACUAUGCUGGGACUUAUCCUCAGCUUUACGGACAACCCGUUAAUCCAUUUUCAAAUGAUCAUAGAGAGUUCAGGUGGUUUACGAAAGAAGACGAUGCCUAUGCAAAUUUAAAUCCAGAGGUUGGACCAAGCAGAGAGCUUAAACGUGGAUUUGAUUAUGAUCUAAACUUCAGGCAGAAUGAGCCAUUAGUAGACCAGAGCUUUGGAGCGUUGGAGGGUCUGUUGAGUCCAAACCGCCAAGAGACGAGGCGGUUUUUCGUAGAAGGGGAUCAAGAUGAAGCAAUGGGAAGCUCUCUGACACUAUCAAUGGCAGGUGGAGGCAUGGAGGAAGCGGAGAGGAGAAGAAACCAGCAGCACCAGUGGGUUAGUCAUGAAGGACCAUCAUGGCUUUGUUACACAGCACCAGGUGGACCAUUGGCUGAAGCACUGUUUCUUGGUGCCUCCAACGACCCAAGUGCUAGCACUACUACUAGUAGCUGCAGCAGAAGCUCAGGCUAAAUAAAAAUGACUUGAGUUGUGUGAUUUUACAAGUCAAAAACCGGUUUAGUAAUUAGAAAUCAAAACUAUCUUUUAGAUUGUGAACCGUUCUCAGUGAUUUGUCUGAAAAGACUGUGCAGACCUUUGUGCUUUUGUUUGUUUUGCUUUUGUGGUUGGAUUUUGCAGAAGCUUAAACCGCUACUCUAUGAUGGAAAAGUGUUUGA